AUGGCUUUUCUACCAGAUGGCGAAUAUGAUAUUAAAAUAUCUCCGCAAAUCCUCUCGAAAUUCCCAUCGGCCAGCACAAACACUCCAUCUCCAAGCACCCACCACAAUCUUUUCCAGCUAAAGUUCUCUAAGUAUCCUGCAGAAUUACUUGCCAACGCUAAGUUCGAACUAUAUCCUCGUCAGUCAGAUAUUCCAGUUGAUUCCAACGCGGCAGGACCGCUGGGAGUACCAGGAACUGCAGUGGCUGGCGGUGGGAGUGGGUCGUACAUGCUUGCUACGUCAUCUACUACUAAUAACAAAGAAUUAAUUCUGGAGGCCACGGCCUUGAGGGCAAAAGAAUCCGAAUAUAUUUUGGUAUUGAAUAACGAUAAUGCAUUGGAAUUGUGUCCUUUGGAGUCUAUAGUACGGGCCAACAAACCAAGAAGUACCAAGAAGAAUGUCCAAGAACUCAACGAUUUACGUGAGCUCUAUACUGGCACCAAGAAUGAAACGGUACCACCAAAGAAAGAGAAACGGGCCACCAAGAAACUAAAAGCCCCAUCAGAACCAUUGCCUGUAUCGAUACAAAGCUCAUCAACAAAGACAAGAGGAGGAAGAGCGGGAAACAAGUGGGAUAAUUUGAAUUUUGAAAAACAGAAAACAAAAACAAAGAAGGAACCGAUGGUCGCCGUGAUACCAACUAAUGUCGAUGAUGACGAUGAACUUAAUUUCGAUAACUUUGACCAGUUUAAUGAUGAUUUAUCCUAUGCCAAUGUUGAAGAGCCCGAUCCUGAGCCGGAACCGGAACCAGAGCCAGUUCACGUUGCUAGGAGCUCGGUGGCAUCGAAGAAACUACCUGAGGUUAUUGCUACUACUGAAGAUGGGGGUGCCGAUGCAUCAUUUGAAGACGAGUUGGAGGAUGAACUAGAACAGGUGUUUGGUGAUGAUGAUGAGCUAGAUGACAUAAAUAUUGAUUCUGACAGGCACCUUAAUGGUAAUGGGGAUGAUGGUGACGAAGAUGCGGAAUUCUCAGAGUUUGAAAUCGAUGAAAAUCCUAUGGGUGGUCAGCAUACAGAUAUCAAGUCAUCAAUAACCACCGAUUCUGGGGAUGUUAGUAAAAACACUAAGGGACCUAUGAGUUUGAGAGAUUUGGUCGGUGUUGGAGGCGACGAUGAGGAUGAAGAUGACUUUAGUGAGGAAGAAUAG